AGUGCGCAUGUGUGCGACGGUGCUUUGGGCCUCCGGGUAAAGAUGGCGGAGCGUGGCUACAGCUUUUCGCUGACAACAUUCAGCCCAUCUGGUAAACUUGUCCAGAUUGAAUAUGCUUUGGCUGCUGUAGCUGGAGGCGCCCCUUCAGUGGGAAUUAAAGCUGCAAAUGGUGUGGUUUUAGCAACUGAAAAGAAACAGAAAUCCAUUCUGUAUGAUGAGCGAAGUGUACACAAAGUGGAACCAAUCACCAAGCAUAUAGGUUUGGUGUAUAGUGGCAUGGGUCCAGACUACAGAGUACUUGUACAUAGAGCUCGGAAACUAGCUCAGCAGUACUAUCUUGUUUACCAAGAACCCAUUCCCACGGCACAGCUGGUACAGAGAGUAGCUUCUGUGAUGCAAGAAUACACCCAGUCAGGUGGUGUACGUCCAUUUGGAGUUUCUUUACUUAUUUGUGGUUGGAAUGAGGGACGACCUUAUUUAUUUCAGUCAGAUCCAUCUGGAGCUUACUUUGCCUGGAAAGCCACAGCAAUGGGAAAGAACUAUGUGAAUGGGAAAACUUUCCUGGAGAAAAGAUAUAAUGAAGAUCUGGAACUUGAAGAUGCCAUCCAUACAGCCAUCUUAACUCUAAAGGAAAGCUUUGAAGGGCAGAUGACGGAAGAUAACAUAGAAGUUGGGAUCUGCAAUGAAGCUGGAUUUAGGAGGCUUACUCCGACUGAAGUUAAGGAUUACUUGGCUGCCAUAGCAUAAUAAUGAAGUGACUGAAUAAUCUGGGAUUUCAGAUAAUCUAUCUACUUAAACAUGUUUAAAGUAUGUUUUGUUUUGCAGACUUUUUGCAUACUUAUUUCUACAUGGUUUAAUGGACUGAUGUUUUUAAAAUGACACAAAUCAUAAUAAACUGUUAAAUCCAACUUCCAGCUUUUUAGGAGUUAGUAAAAUUUUAACUUAGGUAUUUCCUGCGUUUAUCAGAGUUUAUUUCUGGAAUCUACGUUGUAAAGCACAAUGAUGAAAUUAUCUUUCACUCUUGUAAUUUUGGUUGAGACAAAUCUUAUUACCCUCUUUUCCUAGCAGAUGUUGCCUGUGUUUCAGUAAAGUAAAACACUGGUUUUGGUAAACAUCACUGCUCUUACAACUAGGAGACUGCAGAAUUCCAUGGAUUCCUGAGAUAAAAUAUGAAUCAUAGGUGUUGGCAGGCACCUUUAGAUGUGGAUUAGAGAAAUCUUAGAAUACUCUGCAAGAUUCCACUAGAGAUAAGAGUGCUAAGGCAAAUUGGUCUCCUAUAGAUUGAAAUAUAAGCAAAUAAAAACUGCUUUGUUGAUUCCCUGUAGUUUUUCCCUGACAAAAAGAUAAAAAUAUUUUAACAGGAGCCCCCUAGAUUGUACUAGACUUUUUAACUCAGUGAUGACCAUGAGUUCUGGAAUUAAAAUACUAAUAUAGUGU